CCCAAAAUGUGAGCACCAUGUUGACUCCACUGCGCGCAGCGUGCCGCAGGCGCGUGACGAAGACUCGUGGGACCAAUGGACGCGGCCUCAGCAGGCCUGGUCCCUCGCGCCAGCUGCUGACGCUGGAAGCGCCACCUCGCCUCCCAGCGCCGCCUCGCCAGGGUGAAAACAGCCUUUCCGGCAGCACGGGCGUCCCUGCGAAGGGCAGCCCUCGCAGCCGUCACCGCCCGACGCCUUCAGCUUGUGGAGAUCCCCCGCCUCCCUGCCCCGUUUGUUUCCUCGCGCGCGUAUGGCUGCGCGCAGCGCCUGAGCUGCGAACUGGGGAGCGCCGGGAGGCCAGACACGGCCCGCCCUCCAAGGGGCCCCAGCCCAGCAAGGGGCCUGGUCACUCAGGCCACCUGGACCCCGUGUGGCAGGUGCUGGAGAAAGCACUGGGACCACAGGAGGAGCCCCCAGCUCUUGCCGGGUGGAGAGUCAGGGAGGCUUCCUGGAGGAGGAGGCCUUUAAGCCGAGCCUGGGAAGAGAGGAGAAUUUGUCCUUGGCAGGGAGGGAGGAAAGGGGACAGUGGGGGCCUGAGAGGGUGCAGCUACCCCCGCGCUACUAAGGCUGCAGCUCUUCUGGGUCACUUCCACCUGGUCACUUCCACCUGGGCCGAGGGAAGGGGCUCUGUGCGGGCGAUGAGGACCGUCAAGGGGAAGUAG